AACAUUCAUGAGAUUUCAGUCACCUAUAAGAACUUUACAACAAUCAGUCGUGAACCAAAAGGUUGAUACUUACCGGUCAGCAAUGGACGAAUAAUCAGCUAGCUUUCUCAUUUUAGAAAAUACUGGAUACACAAUUCGCGCCAUCUUUCACAUUUCCAAGCUUAAACAGCUUUUACUUAUGCUAACAAGCUGCUUGUUUUGUUUUUCAAUUUUAAUAUUAUUUAAAAGUGUUGAUUUCUUAAUUUUUUAAUUAUAACAUUUGUUAUCGGUAUUUGAGUGUUAUCAACAUAGUACAAGAAUAACAAGAUGUCACAAGAAGUGAAACGUGUUAUGGUACCUUGGGUUGAAAAAUAUCGUCCAAAAAAUAUCGAUGAAGUUGUUUAUCAAGAAGAAGCUGUUAAUGUCCUUAAACAAUGUUUAAAAGGAGACGACUUUCCAAAUUUAUUGUUCUAUGGCCCACCAGGUACUGGUAAAACAUCAACAAUUUUAGCAUUAGCUCGAGAAAUGUUUCAAGAUCAGUUUUCAUCGAGAGUAUUAGAAUUGAACGCUUCCGACGAAAGAGGUAUUGCUGUUAUUAGAGAAAAGGUUAAACGUUUUGCUCAACAAACUGUAAGUCGAAGUGAAAAUGGAAAUAAGUAUCCACCAUUCAAGAUAAUAGUAUUGGAUGAAGCUGAUUCUAUGACUCAAUCUGCUCAAGCCUGCUUGAGACGAAUAAUGGAAAAGGAAACAAAAUCAACGCGUUUUUGUAUUAUAUGUAAUUAUAUCAGCAGAAUUAUCGAUCCAAUAGUUUCCAGAUGUUCUAAGUUUAGAUUUAAGCCGUUACAACAAGAUUUAGUUAUGGAAAAGUUGGCAACAAUUUGCAAUAGUGAAAAUAUUUCAUUGGAAAAUGAUGUUGUUCUAACAGAAUUGAUAAAAGUAUCUGGUGGAGAUUUACGUAAAGCGAUAACAUUUUUACAAACAGCAUAUCGUUUAAAAGGAGAUGAAAUAUUGACAAUAAAUGAUGUACGAGAAGUGACAGGUUAUAUACCAGAGAAUUGGAUAGAUAUGUUUGUCGAAGCUUGCCAAAAACAAUCUUACGAGAAUGUUGAAGAUGUUCUUAAUAGUAUGGUUGCUGAAGGUUUUUCAGGAGCUCAAUUACUUAAUCAACUUCAUGAUUGGGUUCUUGGUGAGAAUUGUUUAUUAACUGAUGAACAGAUUAGUGAAUUAAUUGAAGCAUUAGCUUUAGCUGAUUACCGACUUCUUGAAGGAGCAGAUGAAUUUUUACAAACUUUCAAUGUAGCCUCAGUUUUCAUACAAUUACUUGGAAAGAAAUAAACCCUAAAUUGUAUUGAACUAUAAA